UAUUCGGAAAUAUAGUAAUAAUGGGUAGACCAAAACAUGAUCACUACUGGAAUGAAGUUGAUGAAGAAAAAGAUGGUAAAUUGAAGUGUAAGAAAUGCGGACAUAAAUUUAAAGGAGGAGUUUCAAGAAUUGAAGCACAUAUUAAGGGAACAGGAGGCAUUCGUAAAUGCUCCCCUCCCCUUAAUGAUACAACAUUUUCAAAUCAUUCCGAACAACACAUGAAUGUUAUCGAUACAUCACCAGCUGGUGAAAGGACCGAGGAAAUGACUGAUGGUCGUUCAAUUAACCAUGGAGGAGUACAAUUAUCAUCAUUAGGAGGAGUGGUUGAAGGUGAUCAAGGGAUGGUAGAAAUGGUUGGUGGUGCAGCUAACCCUGAAAACAGUCCAUCAUUAACCCUUUUAUCAGAAGGUCUUGAUGCAGAAAAUGGUCAUGGUGCUGUGACUACUUUAGAAAGUGACUGUGAUGAGUUGAUAUCCGAUCUAACAAGUAAGGAAGAGGACAUUCAAGGACAAUUACAAUUGAUGGAGUCACGUGGCAAGAAGCGCAAGGGAAAAGUUGAUGGGUGGUUGAAAGAACUACAGGACAUGAAACAAAGAGCUAUCGAAGUGAAAACAACACUGAAUAAUGAGAUGUAUUUAGUUGAAGAACUACAAGAACAAAUGUAUUUAGUUGAAGAAUUAAAAAAAAAAAUACCACAUUUGAAUAAUGAGAUGCCUUUGGUGUUGUCAAAUGAAUUUGUUGGCCGGGAAUUUGAGGAAAAUGUUGAGAAGAUGUGGGAUCUUCUGCGAGAGGAUAAAGUUUUCAUCAUUGGCAUACAUGGAAUGGGGGGAGUGGGAAAAACAUUCCUAGCAACUUACAUGGAAAGUGAGAUAAAGAGAACCAAAACUUUCAAAGAUGUCGUAUGGGUAACUGUUUCCCAUGAUUUCACCAUUUUCAAAUUGCAACAACACAUUGCAGAAAUAUUAAAAAUAAAGCUUUAUGGAGAUGAUGAGAGGGAAAGAGCAGUGAUUUUGGCGUCAGAGUUGGAAAAAAGAGAAAAUAUAGUACUUAUUUUGGAUGAUGUUUGGAAAUAUAUUGAUAUGGAAAAGGUCGGAAUUCCUCUUCGAAUAAAGGGUAAUAAAUUGAUCAUCACAAGUCGUUUGAGACAUGUUUGCCGACAAAUGGAUUGCCUGCCAAGUAAUAUGAUAGGAGUGAUGCCUUUCAAUUAUGGUAAUAUUUUUGAUGAUGAUCAUUUCGAGUUAUUUUUGUUAAAACUUGGAGACCAUGGGACACCUUCAACACUUCCCUCUCAAGUUUUGGGUAUUGCAAGAUCUAUGGUAGGGAAAUGUGAAGGUUUACCACUUGGAAUCAGUGUAAUGGCUCGAACAAUGAAAGGGGAAACUAGAAUACACUGGUGGAGACAUGCCCUGAAUAAACUUGACAAAUUGGAAAUGGGAGUGGAGAUGCAGGAAGAAGUCUUAACUGUACUGAGACGUAGCUAUGAUAAUUUAACUGAAAAGGAUGUGCAAAAAUGUUUCUUGUAUAGUGCAUUGCUACCAAAUCCUCUAAGAAGAGAUCUUUUGAUUAUGAAUCGUGUUAAUAUGGUACUGUUAAAUGGAAAGAGGAGGUUGGAAGAAAUAUUUGACGAAGCAAAUGUCAUAGUGGAUAAACUCAUAAAUCAUUCUUUAUUGUUGGAGGAUUUGGAGGAUAAUUCGGAGCUAACGAUGCAUGCUCUGGUGAGGAAAAUGGCCUUGAAUAUCAUCAAAGAGAAUGGUAGUAACUUGAUGGUAAAAUGUGAUGAAAGUAUGGAAAAGAUACCUGACAUUGAGGAAUGAACAAUUGAUUUGGAAGUAGUUUCUCUG